AUGACCUGGCAAUGCACCACUGCCAGCCUAGAGGAGAAGCUCGCCCAUGUCGAGAAGUACGAGACGGUGACGCCACAUAAGCUGCUGGCACCUCGGGGGAAGAGGGACCUCUCCGUGCCACUGAGCAUCUACCCAGAGCACGUCCUCUACAGCAUUCGUGCCGAGGGCAGGGACUACCUCCUGCAGCUGGAGAAGAACAAGGAGCUGCUGGGGCAGCACUACACCCAGACGCACUACUCGGCCAACGGCACGGAGAUCACAGAGAAGCCGGAUGUUCAGGAUCACUGCUUUUAUCAGGGCAGCGUGCAAGGAUACGCCGACUCAGCAGUGAGCAUCAGUACCUGCAGCGGGCUGAGUGGGUUUUUCCGAGUGAAUGAGACCACCUUCGUGCUGGAGCCCCUGGAGAGGGAUGUGGCUGGCCAGCACGCAGUGUACCGAGCAGCUCACCUGCGGGGGAAGCGUGGCACAUGUCGAGAGUUUGGUGCCGCCCUGGAGUAUGACCACGAACCGAAAACUCCUGCAGCCAUAAAGCUCUACCGCUGGAAAUCAGCUCCAUUACACAAAGGUCCUCGAUACGUGGAGCUGGUCCUGGUCGUGGACAAUGAGGAGUUCAGGAAGCACAAGGACUUGCGCACAGUGCAGAACCGCAUGAAGGAAAUCGUGAACCAUGUGGACAAGUGCCAGUGUGGGCAUGAACGUGGCGGAGGAGAGAUUUUUGUGGGUAUGGUGAUCGAGCUGGAGCUUUAUCAGCCUCUUCGCCUGCGGGUGGCCUUGAUCGGCUUGGAGGUGUCUAGAAGGGGCAUAGACUUCCACGGCACGACUGUAGGGCUUGCCAAGAAGCUUGUGAUGUGCACCAGGGAUUCAGGUGGUGUCAACCAGGACCACAGCAUGACUCCUAUUGGCGCUGCGUCCACCAUGGCUCAUGAGAUGGGGCACAACCUGGGGAUGUCUCAUGAUGAAGACAUUGCUGGCUGCCACUGUCCUGUCCCCAAAACUGAUGGAGGAUGUGUGAUGGCAGCAAGUGUUGGCUUGGUUUACCCUAAGCUCUUCAGCCACUGCAGCCAGGCAGAUGAGCUGUACGGGGGACCAGUGUGUGGGAACCAGUUUGUGGAGCGGGGAGAGCAAUGCGACUGUGGCACGCUAGAGGAGUGCUCUGACCGCUGUUGCAAUGCCACAACUUGCCAGCUGAGAGAGGGAGCUGAGUGUGCCCGGGGGGAUUGCUGCCAGGACUGCAAGGUGAAGGCUGCUGGUGCACUCUGCCGGGCCAGCAAGAAUGACUGCGACCUGCCUGAACACUGCACUGGCCUCAGCGCUGAGUGCCCAGAGGAUGUCUUCCAGGAGAAUGGCAUCCCCUGCCAGAAUGGCAACGGCUACUGCUACAACGGGGCCUGCCCCUCACAUGGCGAGCAGUGCCGCGCUCUGUGGGGCACAGAGGCCCAGGUGGCUCCUGAUGUCUGCUUUAAGCACAACAGCGAACACCACCUUCACCUCCACUGCCUCACUGAGUAUGGGAAGCGGCCCUGCAGCCCCAAGGAUGUGAAGUGUGGCACGCUGUUGUGCCUGAGUGACAAUGCCAGCCCUGUCCUCGGCAGUGGCUCCUACUCCCUCUUCUUUGGCCGCUUCAAGUGCAAGGCAGUCAUUGCCAGCAACGACGCCAAUGAGGUGGUGGCCAAGCUCAGGCUGGUGCCCACUGGUACCAAGUGUGGAGAGGAAAUGGUCUGCUAUGCUGGGCGCUGCCAAAACCUCCUGGUCUAUGGCAACAAGAACUGCUCGGCCAAGUGCAACAACCAUGGGGUGUGCAACCACAAGCGGGAGUGUCACUGCGAACCAGGCUGGGCAGCGCCCUACUGUGAGCAGAAGAUUUCAGGGAUGGUGGCAGGUCCCUCCUUGGUGCCCAGGUGA